GACUAAGUUUCCCUAUCAUCAGAUUCACUUUUCACAUCAUGGUGAUCUACAGGAAACAAAGUUAUAUUGGCUACACGAUCUGAUCCCGACCUGAUCUUGACGCGCUGCCUCCAGAGUGAAUGCAACCUCCCAAACAAUUUCACAUGUCUUUGUUAUCUUCUUGAUUGAAGAAUCUUUUCUCACUCUAUCUUUUUUACACAUUUUUCAACAGUAAAGAUUUAGAAAAUCAAGACAGAAACGUUACAAACACUACAUUGACUACGGGAACCACAAUGGUCAGUGAAAUGUUCCAUUCACUUAAUCCAAUGUCAAUUGGAAGAGGAAUCUUACAGAGCCUCAAAAAAUUGUCUAGUGUAAGUUUCUUCCAUCUCUUUCUUUUCUCUGCACACACCUCAUAUUCUCCCUUUUGAAAAACUACCAAACAAAGUUUAUGUGCUAUGCACUUUCGCAAAGUUUUAUUCAAGCUCCCGAAAUUGUUGUAGUUAAACCAAAAGAACAUCAAAAUUCUUUUGUUGCGCCCCAAGAGUAGCUAAUUACUGUCAAUCUUGUUUAUAAUGGGACAGUGGAAACUAUGUACAAACAUUUCUGACAAAUACCUUAGCGGAAGCGGGCAACAGCACCUCCACUCACCACUGACCACUUGAGCUUUGCCAUGGGAUCAACAAAACCGUUGCUGCUUGAUGAUCGUCUAAGCCUUGCUGUAGGAUCAGCAACACCACCGCUCACUAAUGAUCGCCUAAGCCUGACCAUGGGCAAAGAAUCAACCUUUGCUUCAACCGUCAAUUUCAUUGACACUCCGCCUUCAAUGCCUCCAGGGCUGGAAUUACAACAACUGAACUGGCAAUUACCAGAAGAAUUACCAAGAAUGCUGCUUCAGUCCUCCAACCUAACAAGCUUUACCUUAUUUUCAGUUUUGCCAAAGGAACUCCGUAUCAAGAUCUGGAAACUAGCAGCAAUUCAUCCCCGAAUUGUCCAAAUCACCUACGACCACCCAACAGAGAGUUUAGUCUCGCUUAGUCCAGCACCAGCACUCCUCGCCACAUGCGGAGAAGCUCGUGAUGAGCUCCUACCCCUUUUCAAGCAACUGUCUCUCCCAAACUCUGCUUGUGAAGCUAUCAUCUAUCUCAAUCUCGAGAUCGACACCUGUUACGUCCGACGAGCAACAACCUCCAUGGAAGACGCAUCACCAUACACCGCGAAUUUCACCACCACCAAAGCCAUCUUUGGCAACAACGACAGCAAAGAACUGCAUCCCCUUUCCUUCGUCAAACAUCUCGCAAUCGACAGUUCCCUCAUCGAUUCACCAGUCGAACUUCGUCUUCUCUGGGGCGACUGGGACCAAAAUUCCAAACCCCAAGACCUCAAACUAAAAACCCUCGAGACCUUUAAAAUCGUCUACGCACCAAUCGGACCGCGUCCUGCUCUGCGGAAAAUUCGCGGUCAUCCUCGUAUUAGCUAUGAUGAUCCCGAGCUCGAAGGUUUCACUAUCCUUAGCAAGGAAGAUCGUUGGGAAAGACGUCGUCGUCAUCAUCCUAUUAACAAUGGGGAAUGGAUGACCGAAUCGCCUUUUGCUCCUCGUUAUUUCUCGUAUCGACAAGGUGGAUUCGUAAAACAGGAUCCGGUGUUUUAUCCCAGUGUUCAUGUUUGUGGGAAUGCUGGUCAGGGACAGAAUCAAGGAGAUGAAAAUGGAAAUGGAAGUGGAAGUGGAGCUGGAGAUGCAGAAAAAGAUUUCUAUUGUCCUGGUUGUCAUGUACCCAUGAGUUUGGGUGCGUACGGAGCUUAUAUUAGUAUGAUGGAGCGCGAUGUGAGAGGCUGGAAAGGACCCGUGUUUGAGGGCGUCAAGUAUGAGAGGGUGGAGGAGAGAGAUACGGAGUACCAUUUGUGGGCCUAGUUGAAUGUAUGAGAAUGGACGGAGGAAUAGAAGGACCUGGAAGGUGUGUAUGAGAUUUCAUGGUUUGUGUGUAUUCUAGAUGCUGCUACAAGUGGUGCUGUAG